GGACCUGCGAUGGAGGCCGAUGUUUCGAAAGAGCUUGCAUGCCAAUCGAACGACACAUGAGGGCAGCAUUCAACAACAUAAACACGCGACUGUAAAUCUGGCGCUGUCUUCCGAGUGGCCGAAACCUGUUGCCUGUGUCACUUUCUUGUGUGUUUUUGGUCCAACGUAAUAACACCAAAAUGGAUGAGAAGCAGGGACCAACUUCUGAUGAUGUCCCAACUGGGGAGGUAACGUCAACCACAGUUACAGAGGGUGAUGUUGUCAAGAUGCCAACAGAUGUGGCCAUCACUAGGGAUGCUAUUCCCAAUGAAGAUGAGGAGGACAAAUCCAAAGGGAGACAUCAGUUCCCAGCUCAACAGCUCCACCAGUGAUCUUCCUGACCUCACCAGACAGUUUUUUUUUGUGGUCUGUUUCAAGUCGAUCAUUAGCCUCUGUGAAUGACUGCUGAAUCUACGAGAAAUCUGAUUUGGAUGUUCUCAUUGAAGACGGAUACUGUGAGCUGGAAAUUGUCAAGGCUCUAAGGUCUGAGCUGCGAGUGAACCAAGAGACCCUGCUGCAUCAUCUAGGAGAGGCCUGGUCUGCCAUGACUGUCUGGACUAUACCCCAUGCCAAAGAACCUGUCACCUUGACCAACGUCAGCCAAGUCCAACUCAAACUAGUUCAAAGUGAAAAUGCUGCUGUGACUGUCAAUGCCAUGAACCAGGUUGGAAUUCUGAAGAGCAAAAUGCACGUUUUCGGAAAGAAACUGAUGGAGUAUAUUCUGAAGCCGGUUGUGACGCUGUCAAAUGUUGCGCCAUCAAUUAACGCAGCUAAAAAGUCGCAGUCAACCACCGUUGGAUUCAAGGUGCUACCCAAGAGCUCUGAGGAGCCGUCCAAUCCCGUAGCUGUGUACAAGAGCACACUGGCAAUACUGAAAGCACUGAGUGGGCCGUUACUUAGCCUCAAGACAGAGGGUAAAAACGGAGAUGAGAACACUACGCUGAUGGCUAUGCUAGGGUUUAUUGCAGAAACUGCUUCUCCACUGCUGACCUACGCCAGAGAUGUCAAUGUCCAUUUUGCUAACGAAAAGUGUCAAGAGCUGAUAGUUGAAGCCCGCAAACUGAUGAAGAGAGAGCUGCACAAUACAAAGAGAGUCGGUACAAUGAAGGUUGACAACAAGAACGUCAAAGAUCAAACACAAGAUGCCAAGGACAAGUGCCACGUCAGCGAGGGUAUCUUUGCACUGCCUGAGUGUGCAGUCAGUGAAAGCAUAGGGUGUCUUGUUAAUCUAGCCUACCAGACAUUACAAGAAGCUGGUAGUAACACACCACAAUGUGCCAUCCAACUGUUCUACACAGUGCGAAACAUGUUUGAGAUAUUUUGUGAUGUCGUACCCACAUACCACAGAGAUAGUCUGCAAAAGCUACCCAGGGUGUGCGCUCUCCACCACAACAACUGCAUGUACAUCGCCCAUCACCUGCUGACGCUGGGCCAUCAGUGUCGUCAAUCCUUACCCCCGCCCCUCUGUGACGGCACGUCCAUGUUUGUCGACCUCAUCCCUGUCUUCAGGAAGCUGGCAUCCGAAUGUUUCUUGGCUCAAAUGAGAAUUCAGCGAGAUCAAUUAGUGGAGAAUCUGUCUGGUGCUGAGGGCUUUGACCAAGUAGCCACUGACGACAACUUCUUGGCAUGUGAGAGGGCCAUUAAACAAGUUGUCCAUCAGUUGGGUCACCUCCAGCGAGUCUGGACCGACAUCCUCCCCAGUAACAUCUUCACCAAGGCCAUGUCUACACUCAUCAACACGGUACUCAUGCACAUCGUGGAGAAAGUCUCGUCACUUGAGGACAUCUCAGCUGAUGAUGCGCAGCAGUUAUAUCCGUUACUCUCGGGACUGCAAGACAGAAUUCCACACUUGAUCAAACCAGGAGAAGAUGAGGAACCAGUUUUGGUGCAGAGUACCGUUGAUCAGUGGACGUCAUUCAGCGAGAUGCUGUUUAUGUUAGACGCCAGCAUGCAAGAUAUUGUUGACAGGUGGGCGGAGGGCAAGGGACCACUCGCUAUGGUGUUCAGCGCCAGUGACGUGAAGAGCCUGAUACGGGCCAUCUUCCAGAACACCGACAGACGAGCCACAGCGCUCGCCAAAAUCAGAUAGGACCAGCCG